AGCUACUUUUGAAUCGGCAAAAUGUUGACUAAAGUUCUAUUUCCUACCUUCUUUGAUGAGAAAACGAAAAUCUGGAGUGGAGUCGAGAGGCGUCCAUUCUACGACUACGAUUGUUCCAUGGGUUUAGUUGUAUACAACACCAUGAAGAACUUUCCUCAAAAUGUCCUGCAGAUCGCACAUAUGGACGGUCGAGUUGUAACCUUUGCAGAUAGCCUAGCCUGGGCCACACGUCUGGCAAUGUACUUCAAGAGUGAGAAACUAACACAUGAGGAUGUCAUCGGCAUCAUUGGCAAGGCUAGCACCUACGUAAGCUCUCUGGCUGCAGCCUGUCUCUUCCAUACGACGCCUUUCCACGCAGUUGCCUACACUUACGUAAAGGAGCCAGAGGUUGUAAAGGAGCUCUAUGUCCUGACCAAACCAAAGAUAAUCUUCUGCGAUGGCGAGGACUAUGAGGUCAUUAAACAGGCAACAUUAGAGUGGGCUCCAAAGAUAAUAACACUGACAGGUCGAUUGGAUGGAGUGCCAAACAUUGAGGAUCUGCUUAAUCCACAUCCUGCGGAACGCUUUUACCAACCGGAACGUUUGGCCGUUGGCGGCGAUCAGACAGCUGCCAUAAUGUGCUCAUCGGGAACCUCUGGAACGGCCAAAGCUGUUGCCCUAUCUCACAGAGUUAUCGCCAAAACACCUCAAAUAACUAAUAGCACUGAUGUCAUCCUGACGAGCGCCACAAUAGACUGGGUGACAGGUUUAACAUGCACAAUGAUGGGAUUCUUUUUUGGUGCACAACAUGUCAUUUUCAACGAGACCUUCAACGCCGAAAGCUUCAUUCACAUGACCGAGAAGUACAAGGUAACCUUCUAUGCCAUGGCACCCUGGCAGGCCUUUGAGGUCUUCACACAUCCCCUGGCCACGGAGGAAAGUUUAGCCAGCCUGAGACUUGUCGUCAUUGUUGGUGGUUGGCUAUCAGUGGCAAUACUGAAGAGGGCCGCAAGUCUUGCUAAGAACUGCAACAUCAUGUUCUCUUAUGGAGCCACUGAGACCAACGGUAUUGCAAUUAACCUGGAUAUUGAGAUGGGAAAUUCAGUAGGCGGAGUACUGCCAGGAAAUCGAAUUAAGAUCGUGGAUGAAGAGGGCAAUGCGCUGGGACAUAAUCAGACCGGUGAAAUACUUAUUGAUAAUGGUGUCAAAUGGCAGGGAUAUAUAGGUAAUCCGGUGGAAACUGCCGCGACCUUGAAGGACGGCUGGAUCAACCUGGGAGAUAUUGGCUAUUUCGAUGAAAAUAACUAUCUUUAUCUGACCGAUCGCAAAAAGGACGUCCUCAAGUACAAGUCAAAGGAUUAUUCACCCAACGAAAUUGAGCAAAUUAUUGCCGAGCUACCAGAGAUCCAGAAUGUAUGCGUAGUCGGUGUCAGAAAUGUGGGACGCACCGAUGCCGCUGGUGCUUUGGUCAUCAAGAGGAAGGGCACAGAUAUCACCAAAGAGAAGAUAAUGGAGCAUGUGGCCAAUCGGGUUGUUGUCGAAUACAAGCACCUCAAUGCUGGAGUUCAAUUUGUGGACAGCUUGCCACAGAAUACCAAUGGGAAGAUCUUGAGGAAUGCGGCUAGAAAGAUUUUCGAAGAGCUUAUGGAGAGUAAUUAAAUUAAAUAUAGGAAAUAUUUUUAACUAUGAUUAAAACGAUAUGAGUUAAAGACGAUAUGAAAAUAA